AAUGCCUGCUUUGACAUGUCGAUUUUAUAAGCAAAAAUAUCCAGAAAUUGAUGAUGUAGUAGUUGUAAAUGUUCAUUCUAUAGCUGAAAUGGGUGCCUAUGUUACAUUAUUGGAAUAUGAUAAUAUCGAAGGCAUGAUUUUGCUUAGUGAAUUAUCUAGAAGAAGAAUUCGAUCAAUAAAUAAAUUAAUAAGAGUUGGAAGAAAUGAAUGCGUAGUUGUUAUAAGAGUUGAUAAAGAAAAGGGCUAUAUUGAUUUAUCUAAAAGAAGAGUAUCUCCUGAAGACAUCAGAGCCUGUGAAGAAAAAUACGCAAGGGCAAAAAGUGUUAAUAGUAUAUUACGUCAAAUAGCGAAUGUUUUAAAUUAUGAAACAAAGGAAGAAUUGGAAACUCUUCAUGAAAAGAUAGCCUGGCACUUUGAUGAUAAAUAUAAAAGACAAGCUGCUUGUUUUGAAAUUUUUAAAUCUGCCAUAUCAGAUCCUAAAGUAUUUGAUGAAUGUGGCAUUGAUGAACACACUAAAGAUAUUUUGUUAACAAGCAUCAAAAGGAGAUUGACUCCUCAACCUGUUAAAAUCAGAGCUGAUAUCGAGGUAUCUUGUUACAACUACUAUGGUAUAGAAGCAAUAAAGAACGCUCUGAGGAAAGGAAUCGAUUGUUCCACAGAAGAAAUGCCCAUCAAAAUUAAUUUGAUAGCGCCCCCACUUUACGUAAUAACUACAAACACUUUAGAGAAGACUGAUGGCCUAAAUGCGCUCAACGAGAGUAUAAAGCAAAUUCAAAAAGAUAUCGAAUCUAAUGGCGGUCAUUUUAACGUUAAAAUGCCGCCGACUAUAGUAACCGAUACUGAUGAGGCGGAAUUGCAAAAACAACUUGAAAAGCUUGAACAGGCUAAUGCCGAAGUGGAUGGAGAUGAGGAUGAUGAAAAUGUAGGAGAGGAUGGAGACGAGGAGACGGACGACAUUCUGACGGAAGAAAUUGUGGUUGGACAAAAUGGUAUUUUGAGCCCAGAUUGAAGAAUAUAUUGCAGUGUUGAAUUGAUAGAGGAAUAAUAUUUAUAAAAAAGAUAUGGAAGGAGAUUUUUUUUAUCAUUUUAUAUCACCACAAAAUAAGGACAUUUUAAAAAUAAAUUAUAUAAUUAUUUAUGAUUUUCAUUUUAUUGCGGAAAUCCAAACUUAUAAAGUGAAGAGUGGAAAUAUGAAAUUGGUAUUU